AGCUGUAAUGAGCCUGUUAAUGUGACAGGAGACAUCUGGUCAGUGUAUACUGGAACACUGUAUAUAUGCUUGUAUGUACGGUGUACUUACAUAACGCUAUGGCUCGGAGAGAGUUGUUCUGUCCAGUGAUUGGCUUUUUGCUCGUGUUUGUGCAUUUGAGUUACUCGGCUCCAACAAACGAGACAUUGUCAUCAAACGAUACAGAUGUGGAGACGAACACUACAGACAACGGAUAUGACGUAGACAUGAAAUACGGUGUCAUUCUUGAUGCCGGAAGUACUAGUACAAAGGUCCAUGUGUACUCGUGGAAGCGGAAGAACCACGAGACAGCCGUGCCACAAAUAACGGAAGUGCAAUACCGGAAGUAUAGACCAGGAGUCGGGGCCUACGCACACCCGGAGCACGAGAUGGGAGGUUACCUCACACCUAUUUUCGACUUUCUGACGUCAAAUGUACCCGCUCAAGCUCAUAAUGCUACGCCCGUUAUGUUCAUGGCAACUGCAGGUCUCCGUUUAUUGUCCGAGUCUGCAGCCCAGUCCAUUUUACACGGUGUCCACUCCAUAAUGUCCAACUCCAGCCUCAACCCCUUCCUGUACGAGGAGCGGUUUGUAAGGAUUCUGUCGGGGGAGGAGGAGGGUUUCUUAGCCUGGAUAUCCGCUAACUAUCUCCGUGGAUUCUUCACCAACCAGCGUCCACAAGAGAGUAUCGGUGUAAUUGAAGUUGGGGGCGGGUCCUGUCAGAUCGCCUUCAUCCCGGAAGUGCCUAUUUACGAGGACAAGAUACCGGUACAAAUUGGGGGCCUCACAUACGAGGUGUAUACCCACAGCUUUCUUUCUUACGGGGCGCAGACCAUGACGUCACGCAUCCGGAACCACCUUGUGCGGCGGAACCAACACGCAAUCGCACUGGUGGAUCCCUGUAUGCUGAAAGACGACACCUACAACCUCACGAACAAUGAAAAGACGGUUAGGAUGGUUGGGGGGAGCAACGCCUCUGAAUGUCAGAGCGUCCUCCGCCACUACCUAGCCAGGGUGCCCGAGUACAUGUGUUCCCCCAAACCAUGCACCAUCGGGUCGGUCUACGGGCCACCAGUAGGCAACCGGACGUUUAUCGCCAUGGGCGUCAUCUACAACACCGCCAAAGAACUGGGCCUACUGAAGGAUGGAGACAUCAAACUGGUACCUAGUGAAAUGGAAGCCAAGGCAAAGGAGUUCUGUAAACUGCGAUUGUCCGAGGCCUCGGGUCAGUACGGAAUAAAGGAGAAAUGGGCAUCAUCGGACUGUCAGAAUGGCCUGUACGUGCCCAUGUUAUUAGAGGCGCUUGGGUUUAAACCAAACACUGCGGCCAUACAAACUAAAACCAAUGCUGGAGGAAUAAAAAUUGGUUGGAGUCUAGGUGCCAUGCUACAAGAAGAAGAAAGGCAGUACCACAGUGACGUCAUAUAGCACGCCAGAACCACCAUGACGUCAUAGCUUUGGUUGAUUUAAACUAACAUGUAAUAGGGUGUGUAUGAGAUAGUUUGGAGACCGCCGACGAAGGACGUGUAAUUUACGUAAAGGUUUAAUGGUCUACUAGUAACAUUACGAUUGGGCUGUUAUGGAAGUUAUCUUUCUUAUAUGUCAGUUAAAAUAAACAUGAAGAGUAUAUGUAUUUAGCAGUUCAGAGGUUCUCUCUAAAAAGAGGAUAUAUCUAAGUUAAUACUAAUUACUUGAUGUUAGAGUUUUAUGUAAUCGCAUGAAAAGAUAACUUCAGACUUAAUGGUUUUACCCAUUUUAAACUGAUGGGCACAAUAUUACAUAAUUCAAAUGUGCCACAUCUAAACCGCUUUAAAAUAAUUUUCAUUUAUAUAAUUUGUAGAAAGAUAAAAAGUAAAAAUUAUUUAACUGUGACAGUAACCUCAGCGUGUUACCGUUAGUUUAUCAUAUAUUUGUAAUUUCAAUAUAAUCAAAUCAAAGUUUCUGAUAAUAAUCAUGAAUAUGUAAAUGUAUAUCAUAAUAUAAUUUGAAUGGCUUAACUUAAAAUUGAACUUUUAACAUUCUUAAACAUAUUGUAACAGUUGUAUUAAUUUUAAUCGAUGGUACAAAUAAACAUAUUGUGCCUG